AUGGCAGAUUUCCUGGUAGAGGUCACAGGGGAGGCCCCCGACACACCGAACACACGGUGGAAGCUCUACAUUGACGGAGCAUCCAACCAAACAUUCGGAGGGGCCGGGAUCAUUCUCAAAAACUCGGCAGGAGUAGCCUACGAGCAAUCCAUCAAGUUUGACUUCCCGGUCUCCAACAACCAGGCAGAAUACGCGGCCCUGAUAGGAGGAUUGAUAUUAGCCAAAGAAGUCGGAGCAUCAAGGGUAGAAGUCAGCAGCGACUCCCAGAUCGUCACCUCUCAGAUAAACGGCAGCUACCAAGCUAGGGACGCGCUACUACAAAAAUACCUGGAAAAGGUAAAGGAGCUAUGCAAAAGCUUCGAGGAAGUCACAAUUCAGCAUGUCCCCAGAGAAAGAAACGCCCGAGCCGACCUCCUCUCUAAACUAGCAAGCACCAAACCUGGGACGGGAAACAGAUCCUUAAUCCAAGGGCUAGCAACCGAACCUGCGAUCAUCAUGUGCGCAGCCCAGAUGCCAAACCCCCCCCCUCAUGGAUAG